AUGACUUCAAGAAUAAAAGUUCUUGUUAGUUAUGGAGGUAGGAUUAUUGAGGGUGAGCAUGGUGUAGAUUAUGAAGGAGGGUCGCAUCAGGUAGUGUUUUUGCAAGAGAGCUUUGAGUAUAGUGACCUUGUUGAGUCCAUAAGCAGAAAUUGGAGCUCCGAUGAGAUGAUGUUUUAUAGAUUGCCUUGUAUGUCAAAUGGAGUCAUCCAUUAUUAUUGUAUGGAGGUCAAAGAUGGUGAUGAUAUACGUACCCUUGUUGAUAGUAUUGUUGUUGUUGAAAGUACAAGUUAUCCUCAACUAUAUGUGAAAACUAGAAAAUAUCGAGUUAAGGGUAGGAGAAGUGUAUUGACUCAGGAGGUAGAGCUGGGUGGUAGACGAAGUUUUUGUGGUCAUAGUUCGAGUCUUUUGCAUGAACCUGUUAUGCAAAGUGGUAGACAUAGUGUAUAUGCUUCUACUUCAGAGCCAAUUGGUGAUCCUUUUAUACUGCCUGGUCGUCACAGUGUAUGUGCUCCAAGUUCUCAACCGUUUGGUAAUUCAACUCUACAAUGUGACCGACGAAGUGUGUAUGUUCCGAAUCAGGUAUUGUCUAAAGCUCCAUUCGAACCAAGUCUCGACGCAAGUAUUUAUGAUGAGGUUGGUCCAUCACAUGAAGUUAUGAAGUCUUUUCGUAUAUUGAGUCAGUCAGAUGUCCCACUACCUGAGAGCAUUGAUAUACUGAUAGCAACAAAUGACUGUCAGUCCAACCCCUUAGAAGAGGAAGAUAGUGAUGGGCUACUCGGUCAAGAUGAUUGUGACGAAGAGGCAAUGAUCGAAGUGUCUGAAGCAUUUCAGUUUACUGCAGGAGCCAACUACCCUGUUUCAGCGGAUUGUAUUGGAUCAGUGGGUAACACAGUUGCAAUGGUAGUUGGUACAGAAUUUGAUACAACAUUGGAGUUUCAAGAGAAGGAAGAUGUAAUUAAUGCAGUUAAACAGUAUUCUUUGAAUUGCAGUCAAGAAUAUGAAGUUGCUGAGUCAAGUUCGCAUGUUUGGUCAGUCAUAUGCAAGAACACUAAAUAUGGGUAUAGUAGGCAGUUAUGUGCAGCAAGGUUAAAGAAACUUGGUGGAGGAUGGGGCAUAACACGAUAUAAAUGUCCACGCACAUGUGUUGCGAGGGUUAUAUCGAUUGAUCACAGACAAUUGGACUCAAACUUUAUAUGCAACUGCAUAUUGGAAGGGGUGAAGAAAGAUUUGUCCAAGUCAGUUGGAAGAAAGCAUGGGAGGCUAAAUAGAAGGUUAUCGCCAGAAUUUGGGGUGAUUGAGAUGAAUCAUACCAACGUCUACCACAUUUCUUUGCAGCUCUGCAACAGACAAAUCCUGGAAGUGUUGUAUGGUGGGCAUUCGGUGAUCACACUCAUGUCAGGCAUCGCGCAGUUGAAUUCAACAAAAAAAAAAUUGAGUCGACUAUUUUGGUCAUUCAAACCAGCUAUCUAUAGUAUCGAGUUCACAAAGCCAGUGAUCCAAAUUGAUGGAACUUUCUUUUAUGGUAAGUAUAAACAUUCACUCCUAAUUGCAACAACCAUUAAUGGAGAUAACUCUGUGAUUUUACUGGCUUAUGCGCUGGUAGAGUCCAAGAAUGUGGACAGUUAG